AUGGCAAACCCAAGCGACGAAUUCCGGCUGGUCUCCUCCAACAUCAGCCAUGAGGGCCGCAUGCCACGUCAGUACCUGGGCGAAGGCCAAGGCGCCAAGUGCAACAUCUCGCCGCCGGUCGAGUGGCACAACCUUCCGGCAGAGGCCAAGAGCCUUGCCCUCGUCGUGCAAGACGUGGACGCUCCGGACCCAGCGGGCCCGCUCGUGCCCUUCGUUAUAUGGGUGGUGGUGGAUAUUCCGGCGGCCGUGAAGGGUCUGCCGGAGGGAUUUUCCGGCAGGGAGGAGGAAGUUGGGGGUGAGUACGCGGGGAUUAAAGAAGGGUACAAUGACUUGAAGAAGCACGGUUGGCAGGCGCCAAAGAUUCCGGGGCCCGGCCACCGGAUAGAGUUUAGGUUGUAUGCUUUGGAUGUUGAUCGUCUGGAUCUCGGCCACAAGGUGACUAAAGACAAACUUUUGGAAGCUAUUGAAGGACACGUGGUUGGGGAAGCUAUGCUCAUCGCCAAAUCUUGA